AUGAGUGGGGAUGCCUCUCCAACCAAAGCGUUCCGCUACCAACAAACUCUGAUCCUCAACAUGAGUGCUGUCUCCUGCCAGGAUGCAGGUGAUAUGCUUAUUAUCUGGUUGGAGGGCGUACUAGGACUCCUUUAUGGAAUGCUGACGCCCUGCCUUCUCAAUGAAGGCCUCUUAUUUCCAAUGCAGUUCUCAAAGCUGGGUCCAGACCCUCCUGUGGAGGGACUGUGGACUGCAGAGGAAGGCAUCUUGACAAAAAUGGCAUUUGAGACCUGGUGUGCAAGCAGCUCCAGUUUAAAAAACUUGACAGAGGAAAGACUUUUUGCAGCCUUCAUGCCAAAGAGUGGCCAGCUCUCUGCUAAUCUCCUGAGUCUGCUGGUAACCUCUGAAGCAACAACAGCACUCCAUUGCGCGAGGAGGAGUAGAGGAAUGGAGAGCUCAGGGAGCAGGACACAGGAGCCCAGCCCGAAGACAGCUCUGUGGGAGGGCACACCGCAAUACGACUAUGUCUGCUUUGAGAAAUGCACCCGUUUCGGGAUACCUGUGGAGGCAGGACACGAGGCCGGGGCCACAGGGGACGGCCUGCGCUCCCCGGAGAACUCCCUGAGCUACCCGCAGCUUUAUGGCCGAUACACAGACCAGAUAACAGAUAACAUUUCAGACAAGGAAGCAGCAAAACUGCUGAAGAAACAGGCCCAAAGGAACAAUGGAAGACCCCUGAAACGUGACAGUCAAGUACAGAUCAAAGAAGAGCACUAUUCCAAAUGUCAAGACUGUGCUAAACGCAUCCAGAAAUAUGUUACCAAGAAGCUUGGAGAGGACUGGAUUUUCUUGGUUCUGUUGGGUCUGGUCAUGGCGUUGGUGAGCUGGGGAGUGGAUUAUGCCAGUGCAAAGACCGUACAGGCCUACAAGUGGACCUACAGAGCGCUGCACCCGAACGUCCCUCUGCAGUACAUGGUGUGGGUUGCCUUUCCACUCGGCCUCAUUCUGUUCGCAGCCAGCUUCUGCCACUUCGUCUCUCCACAGGCUGUUGGGUCUGGGAUCCCAGAGCUCAAGACCAUUAUGAGGGGAGUGGUCCUCAAGGAGUAUCUCACUCUCAAAGCUUUUGUGGCCAAAGUUGUGGCCCUCACAGCUGGGCUUGGAAGUGGCAUGCCUGUGGGGAAAGAGGGUCCUUUUGUGCAUAUUGCCAGUAUCUGUGCCGUGGUACUCAGCAAGUUCAUGUCAAUCUUCUGUGGGGUGUACGAGCAGCCCUAUUAUUACACAGAUGUCCUGACUGUGGGGUGUGCAGUGGGUGUUGGCUGCUGCUUUGGCACACCACUUGGAGGGGUUCUUUUCAGCAUCGAGGUCACCUCCACCUACUUUGCUGUGCGCAAUUAUUGGAGAGGCUUCUUUGCAGCUACCUUUAGUGCCUUUGUGUUCCGAGUUCUUGCUGUCUGGAACAAGGAUGCAGUUACCAUCACAGCCCUGUUCAGAACAAACUUCCGUAUGGAUUUCCCCUUUGAUCUGCAAGAGCUGCCAGCAUUUGCUAUAAUAGGCAUAUGUUCUGGAUUCCUUGGAGCCUUUUUUGUUUAUCUCAAUCGCCAAGUGGUCCUGGGCAUCCGACGUCAUAAGGCUCUGAGCCAGUUUCUCACCAAAUACCGACUGAUAUACCCUGCAGUUAUAACCUUCUGUAUAGCAUCUGUGACGUUUCCUCAUGGAUUUGGGCAGUUCAUGGCAGGAGAGUUGAUGCCACGGGAAGCCAUCAGCACUCUCUUUGAUAAUUAUACCUGGAUCAAACACUCUGGGGACACCCAGAUCCUAGGGAAAUCUGCUGCCUGGAUCCAUCCUAAAGUCAGUGUCUUUGUCAUCAUCCUGCUCUUCUUCCUCGUGAAGUUCUGCAUGGCUGUUAUUGCCACCACGAUGCCAAUCCCUUGUGGAGGCUUCAUGCCUGUUUUUGUAUUAGGUGCUGCAUUUGGACGUCUCAUUGGGGAAAUCAUGGCAUCACUUUUUCCCAACGGGAUCCUCUUUGAUGACAUUCUUUAUCAAAUCUUACCUGGAGGGUAUGCUGUCAUUGGUGCAGCAGCUUUGACAGGAGCGGUGAGCCACACUGUCUCCACCGCCGUCAUCUGCUUCGAGCUGACGGGUCAGAUCUCUCACAUCCUGCCCAUGAUGGUGGCUGUCAUUCUUGCCAACAUGGUGGCCCAAAGUUUGCAGCCCAGCCUCUAUGACAGCAUCAUCCAGGUGAAGAAGUUGCCCUACCUGCCAGAUUUGGGCUGGAAUCACAUAAGCAAAUACAAUAUCUUUGUUGAGGAUAUUAUGGUCCAAGAUGUGAAAUUUGUUUCGUCCAACUGUAAAUACCGAGACUUGCAAGCGGUACUCCAAAGCACCACAGUGAAAUCUUUGCCUUUGGUGGACUCACCAGAGACCAUGAUCCUCCUGGGGUCUGUGGAGCGAUCAGAACUGCAGGCUCUCCUCCAGACACACAUCAGCCCAGAGCGGCGACGGCUCCACAACAGAGAAAUGCAGCAGAAGCUGAAUGAGGCACCCUAUGAUGGACCCUGGGCAAACCUGCCAAAGCUGAAGCAUGAAUCUUUUGCUUAUGUUGAUGAGGAUGAGGAUACAGAGGAGAAGGGAGAGCUGCCUUGGCCUCCAAGUCCCACUCCCAGUUACCCGGAGGAGCCAAAUGGCCCAACAAGUCCUCUUAAACAAAUGCCUGAAACCUUGGAGCCCCAGCAACACUCAGGCAGUUUCAGGAGUCUGAGGCAAUUGAUCCAGCAGAUUUUGUGCCACUGCAGCCGUCCACAUGAAACAGAGAGCACCAUCCAGGAGCCAGUGGAAGUCACUGAGACAAUGACACCAGAAGAGAUAGAUGCUUGGGAACAGGAGGAGCUGAACAAGAACGUGUGCUUUGACAGCUGCCGUGUAGAUCCCUCCCCUUUCCAACUGGUGGAGAGAACUUCCCUGCACAAGACACACACGUUGUUCUCACUGCUGGGCCUCAGCCAUGCCUACGUAACCAGCAUGGGGAAGCUGAGGGGAGUGCUGGCUUUGGAAGAGCUCCAGAAGGCAAUAGAGGGUUCCACCCGUUCUGGGGUCCGUCUCCGACCGCCCCUUGCCAGUUUCCGUGACAUCAACCGGACUCCAGCCAACACGAAGGUGGAGCAGGAAUCUCAGGCAUGGAGCCGGGAAGACAACGGCACGGCAGCAGCACAGCAAGCAGCAAACCUGGGCACUGAGAGCCCUCUGCCUCCCUGCUCACACUCCCCCCAGCCCUCACACUCACAGGAAGAGGGGGAAGUCCCCAGCUCCACUUAUGCCACGGAUACCGAGUUGGAAGAGAUGGAACUGACAGGGCCAGUUGCUGAAAACAUCUCAGACAUCCUCAAGGACAUAAACCUACACACCACUGACCUGGACGAAGAUGAAGACGAAGAUGAGGAUGUUCCCUUAUAG